AUUAACCCGGCAAGUAUGCAACUCCGAUUUUUUCACUUCACUCGAAUAUAUAAUCCAGAAAUCCCAAGAAAAACAGAGAGAAGGGCACGGAGACAAAAAGAAACGGUCUGCCAUUGUUGUUAUCGAGCUUCAUAAGCUCAACAUACAGAGCUAAGUUCACACACACUAAACUCAACCCUUCUUUAUUUAUCCCUUUUUAUAUUUUCUUUUACUUCAAAUUACAGAGCGGUUUGCUGUAUAUAAAUGGCAUCAUCUUUGAUUUCAACACCAUUUACAUUACCCACAACCAAAGCCGAUCAAUUAUCUUCAAUUUCUCAAAAACACUACUUUCUCCACUCGUUUCUACCAAAAAAAUCUUCACCGCAUUCACCCAAUUCAAGAACACCACACAGUUUGGGUGUGAAAUGUGCUGUUGUCGGGAACGGCCUUUUCACCCAAACAACACAGGAAGUUCGUCGGAUCGUACCUGAAAACAAGCAAGGCCUCCCGACUGUUAAAAUCGUGUAUGUGGUGUUGGAAGCCCAGUACCAGUCGUCACUUUCAGCUGCAGUCAGGACUCUGAACAGCAGCAACAAGUUUGCUUCGUAUGAGGUGGUGGGGUAUCUGGUCGAAGAGCUUAGAGACGAAAAUAACUACAAGAGCUUCUGUUUAGACCUUGAAGAUGCAAACAUCUUCAUCGGGUCGUUGAUUUUUGUGGAGGAACUGGCGUUGAAAGUGAAGGAUGCGGUGGAGAAACAGAGGGACAGAAUGGAUGCGGUGUUGGUGUUCCCUUCGAUGCCUGAGGUUAUGAGGCUGAACAAAUUGGGAUCAUUCAGUAUGUCUCAACUCGGGCAAUCAAAAAGCCCCUUCUUCCAGCUUUUCAAGAACAAGAAGAAGUCAUCGGCCGGGUUUUCUGAUCAGAUGUUGAAGCUGGUGAGGACGUUGCCAAAGGUGUUGAAGUAUCUGCCGAGUGAUAAAGCUCAAGAUGCGAGGCUUUAUAUCCUGAGUCUGCAGUUUUGGCUUGGUGGGUCCCCUGAUAAUUUGGUGAAUUUUGUGAAGAUGAUUUCGGGGUCUUACGUUCCGGCUUUGAAAGGGAUGAAGAUUGGGUAUUCGGAUCCGGUAAUGUUCUUGGAUAGCGGAAUCUGGCAUCCAUUGGCUCCAUGUAUGUAUGAAGACGUGAAGGAGUAUUUGAAUUGGUAUGAUACAAGAAGGGAUACAAAUGAGAAGCUAAAGAACCCGAAUGCUCCUGUCGUUGGAUUGGUUUUGCAAAGGAGUCAUAUCGUGACAGGAGACGAUAGUCAUUAUGUGGCUGUCAUUAUGGAAUUGGAAGCGAAAGGUGCAAAGGUGAUUCCGCUUUUUGCGGGUGGGCUUGAUUUCUCGGGUCCCAUCGAGAAGUAUCUGAUCGACCCGAUCACAAAGAAGCCGUUUGUGAACUCGGUGGUGUCGCUGACUGGGUUUGCAUUGGUGGGAGGGCCCGCAAAACAAGAUCAUCCAAGGGCAAUCGAGGUGCUGAUGAAGCUGGAUGUGCCAUACAUUGUGGCGUUGCCUCUUGUGUUCCAGACGACAGAGGAAUGGCUGAACAGCACUUUGGGGCUUCACCCGAUUCAGGUGGCUUUGCAGGUUGCUCUUCCAGAACUUGAUGGAGGAAUGGAGCCGAUUGUUUUCUCAGGACGAGACCCAAGAACCGGUAAAUCCCAUGCCCUUCACAAGAGGGUGGAGCAGCUCUGCACCAGAGCAGUCAGAUGGGCAGAACUGAAGAGGAAAACAAAGACUGAGAAGAGGGUGGCGAUCACGGUGUUCAGUUUCCCACCAGACAAAGGCAAUGUGGGAUCUGCUGCAUACCUGAACGUGUUUGCGUCCAUUUUCUCGGUGCUACAAGACCUGAAAAAAGAUGGUUACAAUGUGGAAGGCCUUCCAGAGACUUCUCAAGAGUUGAUUGAAGAGAUUCUUCAUGACAAAGAGGCUCAGUUCAGCAGUCCAAAUCUGAAUGUUGCAUACAAAAUGGGAGUGAGAGAGUAUCAGCAGCUGACUCCGUAUGCCACUGCCUUGGAAGAGAACUGGGGAAAGCCUCCAGGGAACUUGAAUUCUGAUGGGGAGAAUCUCUUGGUUUAUGGGAAAGCAUACGGAAACAUAUUCAUCGGAGUCCAGCCCACUUUUGGGUAUGAGGGUGAUCCCAUGAGGCUGCUUUUCUCAAAAUCAGCAAGCCCACAUCACGGAUUUGCAGCUUAUUACACUUAUGUUGAGAAGAUCUUCAAAGCGGAUGCUGUUCUUCAUUUUGGAACCCACGGGUCGUUGGAGUUCAUGCCUGGGAAACAGGUCGGGAUGAGUGAUGCUUGUUUUCCCGACAGUCUUAUCGGGAACAUCCCGAAUGUCUACUAUUAUGCAGCUAACAAUCCUUCAGAAGCCACCAUUGCCAAGAGAAGAAGUUAUGCCAACACCAUAAGCUACCUGACUCCACCUGCUGAGAAUGCUGGUCUUUACAAGGGUCUGAAGCAGCUGAGCGAGUUGAUUGCAUCGUAUCAGUCUCUCAAAGACACGGGUCGUGGUCAGCAGAUCGUGAGCUCCAUCAUCAGUACAGCCAAGCAAUGCAAUCUUGACAAAGAUGUGGAUCUUCCUGAAGAAGGUGUGGAGAUUUCAAGCAAAGAACGUGAUCUUGUUGUUGGAAAGGUGUAUUCCAAGAUCAUGGAGAUCGAGUCGAGACUGUUGCCAUGUGGGCUUCAUGUGAUCGGUGAGCCUCCGACAGCCAUGGAGGCUGUUGCCACUUUGGUCAACAUUGCCGCCUUGGACCGACCGGAAGAAGGGAUUUCCUCUCUUCCAUCGAUACUGGCGGAGACGGUUGGUAGAGAGAUAGAAGAUAUUUACAGAAGCAGUGAUAAAGGAAUCUUGAAAGAUGUGGAGUUGUUGAAGCAGAUCACAGAGGUGUCUCGUGGGGCUGUUGAUGCUUUUGUGCAGCGGAGCACCAACAGCAAGGGUCAGGUGGUUGAUGUGUCUGGUAAAUUAAGUACAUUCCUUGGGUUUGGUCUGAAUGAGCCUUGGAUUCAGUAUUUGUCUGAAACCAAGUUCUACAGAGCCGACAGGGACAAGCUCAGGGUUUUGUUCCAGUUCUUGGGCGAUUGUUUGAAGCUCAUUGUGGCUGACAACGAGUUGGGCAGCUUGAAACAGGCUUUGGAAGGAAAGUAUGUGGAGCCGGGUCCAGGAGGCGACCCGAUCCGGAACCCGAAAGUGUUGCCCACGGGAAAGAACAUUCAUGCGUUGGACCCACAAGCAAUCCCGACAACAGCAGCCAUGCAAAGCGCAAUGGUGGUGGUGGACAGGCUGCUGGAGAGGCAGAAGGCGGACAACGGAGGAAAGUAUCCGGAGACGGUUGCAUUGGUGUUGUGGGGAACAGACAACAUCAAGACUUACGGGGAGUCACUCGGUCAGGUGCUAUGGAUGAUCGGUUGUAGGCCGGUUGCAGACUCACUGGGACGAGUCAACCGGGUGGAGCCUGUGAGUCUUGAAGAGCUCGGAAGGCCAAGAAUCGAUGUCGUUGUCAACUGCUCGGGAGUCUUCAGGGAUCUGUUCAUCAAUCAGAUGAACCUGCUGGACAGGGCGGUGAAGAUGGUGGCUGAGCUGGAUGAGCCGCUGGACCAAAACUAUGUUCGGAAACACGCACUGGAACAGGCGGAGGCUCUUGGGGUGGAUGUGAGAGAAGCUGCAACUCGUAUCUUCUCAAAUGCAUCCGGAUCCUACUCAUCAAAUGUAAACCUUGCAGUUGAGAACUCAUCAUGGAACGAUGAGAAGCAGCUUCAAGACAUGUAUUUGAGCAGAAAGUCGUUUGCAUUCGACAGCGACACUCCUGGUGCUGGAAUGGAAGAGAAACGACAAGUGUUUGAGAUGGCAUUGAGUACGGCCGAAGCCACAUUCCAAAACCUCGACUCGUCUGAGAUCUCUCUGACAGAUGUCAGUCAUUACUUUGACUCCGACCCCACCAACCUUGUUGGAAGCCUACGGAAGGACGGGAAGAAACCAAACGCGUACAUUGCAGACACCACCACGGCUAACGCUCAGGUGCGGACCCUCUCGGAGACGGUCCGUUUGGACGCAAGGACAAAGCUGUUGAACCCGAAAUGGUACGAAGGGAUGCUGUCGAGUGGUUAUGAGGGUGUUCGUGAGAUUGAGAAGCGGCUCACAAACACAGUUGGGUGGAGUGCGACUUCUGGGCAGGUGGAUAACUGGGUGUAUGAAGAGGCUAACACCACCUUCAUUCAAGACGAGGAGAUGUUGAACAGGCUCAUGAACACAAACCCUAACUCCUUCAGGAAGUUGGUGCAGACCUUCUUGGAGGCCAAUGGGAGAGGCUAUUGGGACACUACGGAAGAUAAUAUUGAGAAGUUAAAGCAGUUGUACUCAGAGGUUGAAGAUAAGAUUGAGGGUGUCGAUCGGUAAUUUAUAGUUAUGUGAUAUUUAUAACCUUGUCAUUCGUUUCCUUUUCCCCAAAACUGUAAACAUUUUGAUCGCUCAUGGGGACUACUCUCAUUGUAUGUUAAGAUUCUGAUUUACAAAAAGUUUAAUGUAAAUUCAAUAAGUUUCACAUUGCGAAACAACAGAUAGAGUGAAGGCCCC